CUUUCAGAAGGAAGGUGUAUCCAAAAUCGCACACGAACAUUUUAUAUUCAACUAUAUGGUAUACAAUUUUGCCGCUAUAUAUUGACCGCAGGGAGCUGAUACCGAAAAGAUCUUUAAGAAGGAAGGUGUAUCCAAAAUUGCACAUGGAACUUAUGAGUUAUGCGAAGGAAUUGAUACUAUUAAGAUUCAUUGAUUAUAUGAAGUUUGCACACGUCAAGCUUGACAUCCUUAAGAUCACAAUGCAUUCUGAAAACGAUACCGUGCAAGUUCGUUGGCGUAUACGUGGUGUCACAGGCUGGAAGAUGAUACGACGGCUUUUUUAUUUUUUACGUUAAUGCUGAAUGGAAAAGUCUAUAAGCAUAUUGCGGACAAGAUGAUGCCUAAUCAGGAUACAGCCACGAAAAAGAAAGAUAUGCGCAUGGCAGGGAAAUUAGCGCUAUUCACAG